AAUAAUGAUCCAUCCUGCGCUUUCUUAACGAAAGCCGGUUAUUGUAACCCUAAACAUCGAUUCUAUGGCUAUAUGAUGAAAAACUGUCAACAUUCCUGCGGUUUCUGUCCCGGUAAGUUAAUGAGGAGGUUAAAAUUUAAAACGACUCAGAGAAAUAACGAGGUGAAGUGUAAUUAAGCUCAAAAAGUACUUGAUUUUCUUAUGCUGGUGUUGAUAGCCUUAGUCUGUUGCGUACAUAUGAAAAUACCACGGUCGGUCUUUCGAGGCGACUUUCUUUAACCUCUAAGCAGGCUGAAGCCCUUACUAACGAAUGAACUGCUUCGUAAAAAUAAUCAAAAGGAAAUGUGGGAUAUAAAGUUAUCUUAAAUGUGUUAUUUCUCCUUUGAUCAAAAACGACGAAACAGACUGUUAUGUUUGUAGGCCUUUCUUAAAGCAGCAUCAACAUACCUGCGAUGUUCAAUUUAUCUACAACAAUAAGUCGUGACAAUUAUGUGUGUUAUGUUUCCUUUCUCUUUUAAAUCUUGUUUUUAGGAUCGUCAAAGACUGAACCAACAACGUCUACAACGCCUGCUUCGUCAACGACCGCUGAACCAUCUACAACGCCUAGUCCUUCAACUACAGGUGUACCAUCCACGACGUCUAGUCCUUCAACCACAGGUGCACCAUCUACGACAUCUAGUCCUUCAACCACAGAUGCACCAUCUACGAAGUCUGGUCUUUCGACCGCUGGUGCACCAUCUACGACGUCUGAUGUUUCAACCACAGGUGAACAAUCUACUUCGUCAUUAAAUACUACCACUGCUAUGACAGCUGAAGAUAUCACAAAAAUUGCCAUUCUUCUUACACAUUGCUCUUUUUUUACGGAAAUCUCGAAUUAAAAUCAUUUUAAUGGUUUAUUUACAGUUAAUGCUUGCUUAAAAGCACACAACGAAAGGCGUGCGCUUCAUGGUGCAAGUCCGCUGGUCUGGGAUGAUACACUGAGAGAGCAUGCGCAGGCUUGGGCCGAUCACCUGGCUGAGACUGGCAAAAUUCGUCAUGACCCAGACCGAGACGAGGAAGGAGAAAACAUGGCUUGGUUUAAAGGAUACAGAACUGCAGACUGUGAAGAUGCACUGAUGGAAUGGUAGGCUGUCUAUUAAGUCCUGUAUCGAUUAAAUUUCAAUCCCCCUCGACGUAAGUGUAAAUUCAAAACAUUUCGUACUCGAUUGACUUCUCGAGUUUAUCAUUUUUUACAUUUAUGCGUGAAGUACUCUUCUGCUUUUUUAACAACUCACUUCCACGGCAGUUACCUUCACUAAAAGAAUGCUUAAGAAAUGUCUUUGCAUGGUUCCACAAAGCAAAACAAUGUUUCAAGUUAAAAUUUGACUCUGUUCUGUGAUUUGUUCCCUCGCUUUCUCUCUCUCCUUGAAAGGUACGACAGAGAGGAACCAAAGUAUGAUUAUAAGAAUCCUGGAUUUUCUCCUGAAACGGGCCAUUUUACCCAGGUAAUUGAAAUUAAUCUUACAAACAGGUCACUAUAGAAACCAGAUUUGAAUUGAUUGUCGAAGGUAACCUGUAUUUUGAUUGGUCUAAAUAUUUCUGCUACCUUCUCAAUCAAUCAGAUGCAAAACCAGAAUUAAUCAAACUUAUAACAAAAUUCUCGAAUGUGAUUGGUUAUCACCAGCCCAAUUUAAGCACUAAUAGGAUAGUGUACGCGUCAUGCUUGUAAUUGGACAGUGUGAUAGCACAGGACGGUGCGUGCGCUGCUUUUGCACAUUUUGCAGUGCAGAGUUAUCUAUUGGUUUUUAUGAAAACGUAUCACCGAUCUCUAGUUGCUUUCUCAAAUUUUGUCCAAGUUUCCUAUUACCUUAGUAAUCGCCACUUAGUCCUUCGUGUUUUCAGCGUUCCAGGCAGUUUGCUCGAAUUUACUUCGAGUCGAGGUCACACAUGUUAUUGGUUUUGAUUUACGACAGCCAAAGGAAAAGCGCUCCAUCCAAUCACUAAUAAGUUUGCACUGAAAAGAUUGAAUAACAAGGAUUUAGCGACAAUCAGCAACAGAAAGGGCCAGUAAUCCUUUUGUAUUAUUCAUGCUGAUAAAAAUGUUAAGCUAAAAUCAGAGAAAAUGCAAUAAAGAAGCCUGAGACGAAUUCAUGUUUCGACAGAAUGUAAACUCGUACCCCCCAACCCCCACCCCCAAGCCCGCAUACUGAGUGAGCGCGACUACCAACUAUACAACAAAACCACAAUUUGAAAUAGAAGCAAAUGUUUUAGAUUGUUCUUCGUUCCUGUAAUACAUUCUAAUCAUAACUAUCAAAAAUAAAACCACUGGAUUACUAAUGCGAAUGUUUUAAAAACCCCUGUCAUAGGUUGUAUGGAAGGACACCAGAGCAGUAGGAGUCGCUCAAGCCGCCAGAGGUUCAGGUUUUUCAAAACAGAUCUUUAUCGUGGCUCGUUACAGUCCUUCAGGAAACUUCAUUUUGAGAAGGUUUAAAGAAAAUGUGGUCGAGAGACGAAACCAGCCAAAUACCACGCUUAGCUGGAAACGUUCAUCCACCAGAGGCUCAAAGGCAACACCUGACACCUUAGUCACCAGGAAAGCAGUAACAUCAAUACAGCCUUCGGCCCCUACCACAUCUCUUACAGCUGAAGGUAAGACGGUUACGAAACGUUGAUUAUAUCAUACGUUGAAUUAUACGCGCGUAUUGAUUGAUUCUUUCCUAUGAUCGAUUGGAGGACUGACGCAUAGAUGACAUCACCGCGAACGAUAUUUUGCUCUUUUUAUCACAAAAAAAAAUAGAUUUUAUGUUGCUGGGGGUCUGCCGUGCAGUGAUAAAUCACAGAAGACGCCAAAAUGUGGUAAGAACAUCAGUGAUACACUCGGCUGCGCUUUGUGUGCCACUUUCUUGUGUUCUUACCACGCUUUGAUCUCUGUGUUCUGUUACUGUACAGACGCACGGCAACAUGAAAUCUAUUUAUUAAACUGCAAACCAUACUUCGACCUCUUUAAACCGACUCUCCUUUCUUCUCCCAUCUGAGCAUCUGAAAGACGUUUGAACGCUUCAAAUCAUGUCAUAAUAAUAAUAAUAAUGGUUUAUUAACAGUGUAUCCACCUAGGGGCUCUUCACCUGUUAAAAACUACAAUAUAAAAUGAAAAAUUGCAAUAUACUACAAAAAAAACAAAAACAAAAAAAAGUAAGAAGUCUACAUUAUAAAAUGCAAUAAUAUUGGACUAUAAAAGGAUAAUGUAUGAAAAUGUAACAUAUAUUGGUAAUAGCAAUACAACCCUAUAUGCAAUUUACAAACUAUUUACAAAUGUCAUUCUGAUUUCAUUCUGAUUUCGUGAGAUAUUAGCACGAUAAGUGACAUAUACGUUCCAAAUAAAUGAAAAAUUCAUCCUCCUUGCUAAAAAGCAACCUCAGCUGAAACGAGAUACGAAUAUAGCGUUUCAAUUACCAAGAGCAUUUUUCAUACUGUCCUGUCGUGUCGAACUGAACCUCCUGAGGUGGAAAACUUAUCAUUUUUAGAAUAAUUAUAGCUGAUUUGUGUGAUAUUUAUAUAUUAUUUAACAGUAAACGCUUGCUUAAAAGCACACAACGAAAGGCGCGCACUUCAUGGAGCGAGUCCGCUGGUCUGGGAUGAAACGCUUGUAGAGCAUGCGCAGGUCUGGGCAGAUCACCUGGCUGCGACUGGUAAAAUUCAUCAUGACCCAAACCGAGACGGCGAAGGAGAGAACAUAGCUUGGUUUAAAGGAUACAAAACUGCAGACUGUGAAGAUGCUUUGGUAGGCUGGUAAGCCUAACGUCCUUUAUCCAUUAAAUUUCAGUCCCUUUCGAAAUUUUAAAAGGGUUGUACACAAUGUCCAUCACGAAACUUUUCAUUUCUAGAUUAAUGCAUCCAGUAAACUUUUCUAGUUAACAGCUCACUACUACAGCAAUUUCUUCCACUGAAUGAAUACUAAAUGAAUCUUCUUCGCAUGGUACCUCAUAUAAGAUUAUCUAAUCUUAUCAGUUGACUCCAAGCUAUGAUACCUUCCAUCUCUCUCUCUCUCUCCUUGCAAGGUACGACAGAGAGGAACCUUUGUACAAUUAUGAAAAGCCUGAAUUUUCUCCCGGAACGGGCCAUUUUACACAGGUAAUUUCCUGAAUCUUACACAAAUAGUACAAUAUAUGACGGAUUUUAACUGAGGUUCGAAGGGAAUCUGGGAUUGUCUUGGUUUUACUUUAUCUCGCCUUGUGAUUGGACUAAAAAAAACUCGCGCCACCGUCUUGAACAAUCAGAUGCAAGACUAAUUGUUUGUUGAUCGUCCGCGUUUACGCGCGCCACAAGCCGUAUUCUUAAUUUUCCAGUGCUAUUUUCUUUGUUCUGAUGGGCCGGUGAGAGAACUCUUGUUUGAAUUUUACGUCACUUAAACGAAAAGCGUUCUAUUACCUAACAGACAAGAUGAAACCAAGAGUAUUUAUCAAAGAGGAUCUGGUAAAACCAGAAGCCAAAAAAAGCAACGAAACGUUUUGGAUUCAGUUUAUGGAAACGAAGAAAUGAUUCUCGCAGGUCAGCUGCGGUUAAAGACCAAAAAAAUCACGAAGCCUAGAAAGUCACACUUCAACGGGAUUUGAACGAGCCGACUAAAUACUACUUAGCCGCUAUUAUAAGUCUCAUUGACAAAUCCAGGCAGCUUUUAGAGGGUUCUUCGUCCCGUAAAGGAAUCUUCUCACAAUCAACUCAAACGAAAUAAAGGGAACAAGUUUCUAAAGAAACUGUGGUGCUACGUCAAUAGGGGAGUAUGACAAGAUAGUUUCAUUUCAUCAACUGGGUUCAUAAUGUAAAUUGGCCACCGCAAAGAAUUUCUGAAGCUGACGUUUCGAGCGUUAGCUCUUCGCCAUUUGCUCUGACGAAAGACAAACGCUCCAAAUGUUAGCCUUAUGGGGCCAAUUUACAUUAGCAACUCAGUUUAUUAAUCCAAAUUAAGAAAUAGAUACACUGGAUCGAAAAUAUAACAGUUUGAACACCCUUGAAAUGUUUUUAGGUUGUAUGGAAGGCUUCCACGGCUGUAGGAGUCGCUCAAGCUUUUAGAGGUUCUGGCUUUUCGAAAGAGAUCUUUAUCGUAGCUCGUUAUAGUCCUUCGGGAAACGUUUUGAGAAGAUUUAGAAAAAAUGUGGGGGAGAAAAGAAAUCAACCAAACACCACGCCUAGUUGGAACCGUUCAUCCGCCGGCGGCCUCAGAACUACACCUGAAACCUUAGUUACCAAGAAAGCAGUGACAACAAUUCAACCUUCAGUGCCCGCCACAUCUCUUACAGCAGAAGGUAAGAAAACGAUUGAGCUACGCAAAUUUAGACUGAAUCCCCUUCUUCUUCCAUCAUAGCACCUGGACGACGUUUGAACGAUCAACUUGCAUAAGGUCAUUCUGAUUUCGUAGGAAAGUAGUCUUAUUACUUAAUUCUUAGACCCUUAAAGAGUGACCAGCAUCUAAUUUCUCCGUACAAUAUCAUCCCUAAAUUAAACAAUAAGGUCACAAGAAUAAAGGAAAUGAUCUAAAGAAGCUCUUGCUUGUUCAAAAAGAUUUUCCUUCUCAUAAGCUAAAGAAAUGUAUAGAGAACGGUAUGGAAACUACGCAUAUUGAUGUUCGGUCGCAAAAGGUUGGGGACAUUAUAUUCAGUCAUAAUUUCAAUGCUACUCCCUUCGUUAAAAGGCAGCCUAAGCUACAAUGAGAUAUUUCAAAAAUGCUUUCCGGUAGUGCAUUUUCAUAUCGCUUUGUGUUUUUUUUUUCAGCCCUAUAACUGAUCUUUUAUCAUCUUUUUUAUUUCAUAGCAAAAGCUUGCUUAAAAGCACACAACGAAAGGCGCGCGCUUCAUGGAGCAAGUCCAUUGGUCUGGGAUGACACAUUGGUAGAGCAUGCGCAGGUCUGGGCUGAUCACCUGGCUGAGACUGGUAAAAUUCGUCAUGAUCCAAACCGAGACGGCGAAGGAGAAAACAUAGCCUGGUUUAAAGGUCACAAAACUGCAGACUGUGAAGAUGCUUUAGUAGGAUGGUUAGUGGCACUUAAGUUUUGUAAACAGUUUAUUUCUCAAAAAAGUUUUCUGCCAGCUUGCAUAGUAAGAGAAUGAAUGAGACUUACAUUAAUUUUCUUGUUCUUUUUCUCCUCUUGAGGUACGAUCGUGAGGAGCCAAUGUAUGAUUAUGCGAAACCUGGAUUUUCUCCCGAAACAGGUCAUUUUUCUCAGGUAAAUUAGAAAGGCCUAUAUUAGUCACUCAAUAAACGGAGUUCGCAGAAAUCGUUGUAUGCGUAGGUUAUAGAAGUUAAUUUCCUUAUCAAGGUGGAGUGACCGACAAAAAAUUGGCAUACAUAGGAGACCAUUUAUUUGAAAGGAAUACUUAGCUAUCGAAAUCCAGAGGCGUUUUCCGAUUAUGGCUAUGCUUGAUGGUGAAGAAUAGAAUAUUACAGAUCUAGUCCUUUGAGAACAGAAUAUAGCGCUAAAAUUCAAGGGAUACAUCUUCGUGAUGUCUCUAAGACAGACGCUAUCUUUUGCGUAUUUCAGGAGAGCGGAGAUAAGUGAGAGGCGGGUGCGAAGGGCGAGGCACGCGCGAGGAAGGGGUACUCCGCCUCUCGCACGAAACUUGCCCUUCGCAGUUGGUGUCCCUCGCCUUUAAAACGCAAUAAAUGACCCUUUUCCCCUCGAAUAAUGAUGUCUACAACGCAACACUAAAUGUCACUCAAACACUAUAUGUAUUAUUUGUUCAGGUUGUGUGGAAGGCGACUACAGCGGUUGGAGUGGCACAAUCUUCUAGAGGCUCGGGCUUCUCAAAAGAAAUUUUUAUUGUUGCUCGUUACAAUCCUACGGGAAAUGUUCUGAGAAGAUUUCAGAAGAACGUUGGAGUCAAGCGAUCUAAAAGUUAA